AUGUUGAAGGUAUUGGUUGCUUCUUUGGUGGCUUUCCCACUUCUUGUCACACUCACACUCGUCCUUCAAAACCCACCUACCAAUUGCAUUGGUGAAGUCUUUGAAGCCAGUGCUUUGGAAAACGCAACUCACAAUGUUACUGCAUUGCAUGCAGAUAAAAUACUUGGUGGACUUCUUGCUUCUGGAUUUGAUGAGGGAUCUUGCUUAAGCAGGUAUCAAUCCAGUUUAUUUCGAAAACCAUCACUUCACAAACCGUCUUCUUAUCUCCUUGCAAGACUACGAAGUUAUGAAGAUCUCCAUAAACGAUGCGGACCUUAUACUAAAUCAUACAAUAGAACACAAAAACUUCUCAAGUCUCACCUUAAUGCUAGUUCUACAAAGUGUAAGUAUGUUGUGUGGAUAUCUUAUAGUGGCUUGGGCAACAGGGUUUUAACCCUGACAUCUGCAUUUCUUUAUGCCCUCCUCACAAAUAGAGUAUUGCUUGUUGACCAAGGGAAGGAUAUGACUGAUCUUUUCUGUGAGCCAUUUCCAGAAAAAUCAUGGGUUUUAACUGUUGACUUCCCCCUUAAAGAGACAUUUAAAAUCCUUAGUCAGAAUUUUCCUCAUUCUUAUGGGAAUAUGUUGAAGAAGAACAUCUCAAAUACUUCAACAGUAUCACUACCAUCAUAUUUGUAUCUCCAUCUAGCACAUGAUUAUGAUGAUCAUGAUAAGCACUUUUUAUGUGAUCAAGAUCAAACUCUUCUCAGUAGAGUUCCUUGGUUGAUAAUGAAAUCAGAUCUAUACUUUGUCCCAUCUCUCUUCUUGAUGCCCUCUUUUGAGCAAGAACUAAGCAAAUUAUUCCCACAUAAAGAUACUGUUUUCCACCACUUAGGCCGCUAUCUUUUCCACCCCUCAAAUCAUGUAUGGGGACUAAUAACAAGGUACUAUCAAGCCUACUUAGCUAAAGCAGAUGAGAGGAUUGGAAUUCAAAUAAGAAAUUUUGAUACAGGACCUGGUCCUUUCCAAUAUGUGAUGGAUCAAGUUUUAGCUUGUACACUAAAGUAUAAAGUGUUGCCACAAGUAGAUUGGAAGAGAACUAUUGUUUCCCAAUCAGAAAAGGCAAACUUGAAAGCCAUCCUUAUAACAUCUUUGAGUUCUAGGUACUUUGAGAAUGUAAGAAACAUGUACUGGGAACACCCAACAGUGAAUGGAGACGUGGUUGAGGUUUUCCAACCAAGCCAAGAACAAUUUCAACAUACAAAGAACAUGUUGCACAACAGCAAGGCAUGGGCAGAAAUGUAUCUCCUCAGCUUAACUGAUGUCUUGGUUACAAGUGCAUUGUCAACAUUUGGUUAUGUAGCUCAAGGUCUUGGAGGUUUGAAGCCAUGGAUUCUCUACAAGUCUGAUAAUCAAACGACCCCAAAUCGACCUUGUCGUCAGGCCAUGUCAAUGGAGCCUUGUUUUCAUGCUCCCCCAUUUUAUGAUUGCAAGACAAAGAAAGGAAUUGAUAAUGGUGCACUUGUUCCCCAUGUGAGACAUUGUGAAGAUAUGAGCUGGGGCUUAAAACUGGUUGAUAAUCAUGAUGAGUUGUAG